AGCCAUCUUGGCUGAAGGCUCAGAUGGAUGAUAGAUUUUAGGAAGCUGUGAUGGUCACCUUUAUUCGUCGCUUGACCAUCAAUGUUGAGAACUUGUCGCAGGAUCGCUGUGCCUUCAUCUUCUCCGGGGAGAACUUCGAGUGUGGCGGUUGGAAGGAUGUCCGGACCAACAAAUUCACCGACUUUGCAGCGUUAGACUUCGAGAGUCAGUCCUGGUGGUCUGGUCUUUCAGGCUAUGUGGUCUUCAGCAAUAUGGAUCAUUCGCAACUUUUGACCAUGGCGUUCAGUGUUCCCAUUGCUACGGCUCCUUGUUUCUCUGCACGUUGUGGUGGAUCUUUGCAUGGCAAAGACCUCUUGCAGCGGAUCCCGGACUUGGCACGCCCAGGCACCGGCCUCCGCAGGGAGGCGGGCUGUGCAUGGGAGACGCAGGAGCUCAGCGAUGAGCACGUCACAGUGCGCCUGGUGAUUUUGCCGCCCGAGCACGUGAAGCUCCCCGAGGAGCUGGAACGGCGCUUGGCCAAGGCUCGCUAUUGCCGCUCUACUUUGACGGAUCAAAACGUGAGUUCGGCACCCCGAAUGACCUUUGUGGAGAGACGUUUGGUGAUUGAAGUUGACAAUCGCUACGAAGAAAGCAUGGUUUUGGAUGGGGAUUUUUUCGACAGUGGGAGCUGGUGUGGGAAGGUGGCAUCCCUGGAAGCGGGGAAAGUCACCAGGUUGGAAUUCGCGGGCGAUGAGGUUUUCCGUGGGUUAGCUGGUCUCGUUUGGUUCGUGAGCGAGAAGAGCUUAGACACCUACUUCAGCAUCGUUUUUUCGAAUCCUUUGACCACAUCAGCAACCUUUGGAGCAUGGGCUGGGCCACCUCCUGCAGAGCUCUUGCAAGAAAUGUGGGCUGCACAAGCAGUGCCAGCCAAAGGUGUACAAGUUCCCAACGGCCAGGGCUGUGCAUGGAAUGUGCUUGAACACGGAUCCGUGGUUCACAUCCGUCUCAUUAUCCUAGAGAAUUUGGCCGCGAUGAAUCCGGCAGCUUACCCACCAAAAGAGGAGUCCACUCCAACCUCCCCUAUGGGCCAACCUCAGGCAGAAGCGCCACCGAAGGAGGAGGAGCCUAAACCGGUGAUAUCAGAUUCAACGGCCAUGGUUUUGGUGCAAAGCGAGUCUGCGGAUGACCCGAACUCGGGAGCGCACCCGAUGGACAAACUGCUGAGUUCAACAAGACCUCGUGAUGUCAUCGAUGGCGUCAGUAGUGGUUUGAAGGUCGCCGGUGCUGGAGUUGUGGCGGGCACUGCAGCUUUGAUUGCAGCACCUGUCAUGGCCGCCAAGGAGGAAGGCAUUACAGGCUUCUUCAAGGGCUUAGCCGGCGGUGUAUGUGGUGCAAUUGGUUUGACCUUGGGUGGAGCUGUCGCAGGUGCUACUCAAGUGUGCCGAGGUGUUUACAAUACCCCGGAAGCACUGCAAAUGGCGGCCACUGCGAAGAAACGUUGGGACUCCGAGUUGGGGGCUUGGGUGGACGACUUCUGCAACUUGCGAGAGGACUGUGCCAAGGCAGAGACCAUGGAGCAUGAGUCCUCAGAUGAGGAGGUUGAUGACCGACCUGCCAGGAAGGUGGCUGACACUAGCUUCUACGACAUCCUGGAAGUGAAGCCCAAUGCAACCGCUGCGGAGAUCAAGAAGAACUAUUACAAAGUUGCUUUGAAGUUACAUCCGGACAAGAAUCAGAAUGACCCUGAAGCCAGCGUGAGGUUCCAGAAGCUGGCUCAGGCUUACCAGGUCUUGAGCGACCCAAAGUUGAGAGAAAAAUACGAUCAGAAUGGAGUGGAGGCCAUUAGCGAUCAGGCCUUACCUAACAUCGAUGCAGGGCUUUUCUUCAGUAUGUUGUUCGGUGCCGAGCAGUUUGAGAAAUACAUCGGGAAGCUUUGGAUGGCCAUGCAGACAGACCACUUCACGAAGGACCUGCAAAAGGAUUUCGAGCGGCAUCAACAAGGACAGGAUGCGCCGCCCGGGCGAGACGUGAUCGGAAAUUCCAUCGAGCGUGAGAUGAGAUGGGGAUCGGAGAAGAAGGACCAGCAGAUCAAGCGACAGCAAUUCGUCCGAGAAGUGACCUGCGCAGCGCAGUUGGUGUCGAGGUUGGACAGAUGGGUCAUGGGUCGAAACCCUGACGGAUGGACCACUGGGGUCUUGCAAGAGACCGCAGAAUUGGCACAGGUCUCCUUUGGAGGCCGGCUUCUUCGGACCAUCGGUUGGGUCUACGAGUGUUCGGCGGAGCAGUUCUUGUUGAGCUGUUGGGGGAACUUCACCGUGGAUGGGCAGAUCCAAAGUUGGAAAGACGGGACUCACUCCACGGAGGUAAAGUUCAAGGCCAUGUCCUCAGUGGCCAAAAGUGCAAUUGCCGUGAAGGAGAUGACGGAUGCAGCCGGUAGUGGCAUGGCUGAUGAAGAUCAAGCCAAAAGAGAUGCUGCUGCCAGACAAGCCUUAACCACUUUGGAAGGUUCCUUACCGGUUUUCUUGCAGGCCAUUUGGGACAUUUCUCAGAUGGAUAUUGAGAGUACUCUCUACAAGGUUUGUGACCGAGCGCUGAAAGACAUCAGCGUGCCAUGGCAGAUCCGUUACCGAAGAGCUUUGGCCUUGAAGCGACUUGGUCAGAUCUUCCGGGACGCUGGCCAGGUGGAGCUCAAGGAUUUGACCAACGCACAGAUCGCUAAACAGCAGUUGGAAGAGGCUUUGUACAGCGCCAUACGUGAGAGAACAUGAAAGACACGAGAUGUUUCCACCGUUCUGAUGCUCAUUGGUGCUCAUGUCUAUUUUGAAUAGCAAGGCACAACAACACAACACCACUUUACGCAAAAUCCACUUCUCCUGCUUCAUGAGCAGCCAGC